CCUCCUCCAUCUGACGAGGGCAAACCUGAAAGUUUCCCAUUGGGCAAUAAACAUUACGUUCAAAGCCAUUAUGGAAAAGGUCCUCCUCCAUCUGACGAGGGCAAACCUGAAAAACUCCCAUUUUCAAGUUACAGUCGAAAAACGUAUGGAAGUCCUCCAUCCGUUCAAAAACAUUAUGGAGGGGGCGUUAAACGUUACACUCAAAGACAGUAUAGAAGAGCUCCUCCUCCAUCUGACAAUCAACUACUCCAUUAUAAAGAGUUAGCUAUUUUCUUCUUCGAGAAGGACAUGAGCCCUGGCGCAACAAUGAAGUUCCAAUUCCCUAGAAAUUCAAACACGGCUACUUUCCUGUCACGCGAAAGUGCUCAAUCGAUCCCCUUCUCCUCUAACAAACUACCAGAAAUUUUCAACCAUUUUUCAGUGAAGCCAACAUCUGUGGAAGCCAAAACAAUUAAGGAAACAAUCGAAGAGUGUGAAGCUCCGGGCCUUAAGGGAGAGGAAAAAUAUUGCGCCACAUCUUUAGAAUCAAUGGUUGAUUUUAGCACUUCGAAGCUUGGAACAAGAAACGUUGAAGCAAUCUCGACGGAGGUAUUGGAAAGAGGAGCCACCAUGUCCAUGCACAACUAUACCACAAUGCCGGGACUGAAGAAGUUGGCAGGUGACAAAGUCGUUGUGUGUCAUAAGGAGAACUAUCCCUAUGCUGUGUAUUUCUGCCAUGCAAUAAAACAAACAGCAGCUUAUGUUCUCUCCCUGAAAGGCGAUGAUGGGGAGAAGGUUAAAGCAGUAACCAUCUGCCAUCUAGACACAUCAGAAUGGGACCCAGAGCAUUUGUCCUUCCAAAUCCUCAACGUUAAGCCCGGAACCGUUCCCAUCUGCCAUUUCAUUUCCACUGAUGCUAUUGCCUGGGUUCCAAAACACAAAUCUGCAUGAUCAUCACUUAGCACUGUACGUAUAAUUAUCUCCCUACUUAUUUCUGCCUCUUCAUCAUGUGGUGUAAGAUAUAUGAUGAGAUGAAGUUUUCAGGAUUAGUGGUCCGGUUGCCUAAAAAGCAUAGAUUACAGAAACUGCUUCAAAUUAACCCGAUCAUGUUUUCUCUUGUAAGACUUCAACUUGUACUCCGGAAGCAUGCUAUAUUUAUGAAGAGAUAUUAGUCUA